AUGAGAGGUGACCCCGUUGAGGAAGCAUCGUCGUUUCUUCCUCCAAAACACAAUCUUCCCGAAAACGAGGAGGAACGUCCUCUCACGAGCCGUAAUUCGCACGAGUCGAGUUCUCUCGAAGACGAAUACUCGGAUGCAGUCUCGGAUGAUGAGCACUCUAGAUUUGAAGUUCGAGCACCUGAUCUGCGUAGUUCAAGCAGUCAACACAAUGUAUCUUCGCAUAGACGUGAUCAAAUAGUUGAAAGUAAUAGUGCAUCCAUUACAUUAACUCCUCCAGAAGCGUCUCUGCCGUAUGCUGGCUCUGUGCAAGGCAGUUCAGCUCAGCUAGUAGAGGAACAAGUCGAUUUAGAGCUGCAAGUUCCGGAACUGACGCCCUCUCGACCACUCAGUUAUCGCCAGCGACUCGUCAAUAUGGCACGUUCAAUUUUUCCGGUUCAGCAGACUUACGAUAGACUCAGUAAUGGUAUAACUACCGGUCGCCUUCAGGCCAACACUCCGGGGCGUUUCAUUGGUCUGGGAACAGAUGGAGUGUUCCGGAACUUGGCCGCAAAACCAGAUCGUGAACUGGAAAUUUUGAGGCGCGAACAACAUCCGCCCACUUACGAAGAAGCAGCCGCCGAUGCAUCGCCUGAAUACUGGGAAAUAGGAGUGGUGAAUCCCGUGUUUGAAGAUGAAGUUUUCGUGCGUGGUUUGCCUGUAGGAACAUUUGGAAAUCUUCUCUGGAAUGCUUUGAUGACAAUUGCAUUCAAGAUGGUUGCGUUUGUGUUGUGCUACUUGCUUCAUACCUCCCACGCCGCGAAAGAGGGUACCCGCAUAGGCUUUGGAGCCAUGCUAAUUAUGUACGGAUACAACAUUCUUCCAACAAACUUUGGUUCUUCGAAACAGAUACCUCCUCGAUAUCAGCCUGUUAACGCCAAUACGCUCGUGUCCAAGGCGCUGCUGACUAAGAUUGGAGGUCCUCUUGAUACAUACGUGCUGGAUAUCCCAGGUCUCACACAAGUAGCCAAAACUUUUGGGGGAACGCACGAGCCAUAUUUGGCCUAUGGUGUUAUUGCUUUCGGCCUCUUCACCAUAUUCAUGGCUUUGUACAGUUUCAUGCAAGUGAAGCGCGACGAAAAGAUGAUGUUGGCGCCUCCUCCUCAACAGGAACAACACUCUACCACAGAGCCCAUGAUGAACGUGCCGGAGUAA